CCUCUGUGAUUCCUGAUGACGACUCCAAUGCCACAGCCUCUCCUGACGUCUCCGGAUAAACAUCCUGGACAGUGGAUUUUAGGAGGGGGUUGGAACAAUGAUGUUUGGGGAGGUGAUUUCCCGGCUGCUGCUUGGCUGGACGAUAUAUCACCUGAUAAUCCAGUCUGGCUCUCACGCAUGGAUGGUCAUAUGGGCAUAGCCAACUCAUUAGCUAUGAAGAUUGCUGGGAUUGACAAGACCACAAAUGAUCCAAUUGGUGGAACUAUCAUGAGAACAGCUGAAGGAGAGCCUACUGGUCUUCUGGUGGAUACUGCUAUGGUGCUUAUGUUUGAUGUUAUUGAAAAAGUUUCUAUCCAUGAAAGAAGGGAGGCACUUCUUAGAGCAAGUAGGCAUGCCCUAAUGAGGGGGGUGACUACUGUUGUUGAUGUUGGAAGUUACUUCCCUGGAGCCUCAGCUGAGAAAACAUGGCAAGAUUUUUCAGAUGUCUAUGAAUGGGCUCACUCUAUGCAAAAAAUGCUGAUCAGAGUAUGCUUAUUCUUCCCAAUGCCCACAUGGGCUCGUGUUUCUGAUCUUAUCAGUGAAAAUGGUCGAUCGCUUAGUCAAUGGAUCCAUCUAGGUGGUGUUAAAGCUUUUCUUGAUGGUUCUCUGGGUUCUUCAAGUGCAUUGUUCCAUGAGCCUUAUGAGGGUGAUCCUGGCAAUUAUGGUCUUCAAGUGACAGAUAUGGAUAGUCUUCUAAAUAGAACUUUAGAAUCUGACAAAUCUGGACUUCAGGUCGCAAUACAUGCGAUUGGGGAUAAAGCUAACGACAUGCUGCUGGAUAUGGUCGACAAGGUUGUUGAUUUGAAUGGAGUGAAGGACCGUAGAUUCCGGAUUGAGCAUGCUCAACAUCUUGCUCCAGCUGCAGCAAACCGCUUUGGCAAACAAGGUAUCAUCGCAUCGGUGCAGCCAGAUCAUCUAUUAGAUGAUGCCGACUUUGCCGCAAAGAAGAUUGGGUUUGACCGCGCACAGCGAAGUUCCUAUACGUUUCGGUCACUGUUAGCUGGUGGCGCGCAGCUAGCUUUUGGUUCUGACUGGCCUGUUUCAGAUAUCAACCCCUUACAAGCGAUUCAAACCGCAAUCUCUCGUAAGCCUCCUGGAUGGGAGGUCCCCUGGAUCCCUGCAGAACGUUUGUCGCUCGAUGAAUCGCUGAAAGCGCAUACGAUAUCUGCUGCCUACGCCUGCUUCCUGGACCACGCCGUGGGCAGCCUCUCUCAAGGGAAAUACGCCGAUUUCGUGGUCCUGCCUUCCACUUCAUGGGACGCCUUCGCCAGCGAUCUACCAGCGCACGUCCUGGCCACUUAUGUGAGCGGCAAGCUGGCCUACCCGUGAAGCAUACCCAGAUCGGGUGGUGCUCGAAAGAAUCUUGUGAGAAGUUCUUCAGAUGCACCUAUGCCAUUGCCGUUGCGUAAUCGCCAUUGCUUGAGAAGGCAGUAUAUGUACGGUGUGUAGAAUUAGCAUAUACCAGCAUGGGUUGUUUUCUGUUCGUCUUGCCCAAUCUUAUCCUUGUUUUCUUUUUUGAAAUGUUCUAGGUAGGCAAAACUUGAACCAGCAACUUUUUGUUGCGACCUGGCCUAAAUAGAAGAGCUAGUGGCAAGAGCAACUUUGAAAUUUCCCCAGUAGUAAA